AUGGAACAUGGGAACUUUGAUGAGAAGUUUGGUGAUUCCAUAUUAUUGGAGUCUUUAAAAGAGGCUCUUCAAGAAAUGAUUGAAGAGUUUUAUGUGGAAAAGGAGAAAGGAAUACAAAUAUAUAAGGAGGCAUGUAUGAAUGUGAAAAAAGAAAUAUUAGACAAUUCAAAUCAACUGUCAGAUGUUCAUAUGAGUGGACAACUUAAAAGUUAUUACUGUCGGAAUGAUAUGUGGACAUUUUUUUUUAAGAAUUCUCUGUUUAAAAUUAAUAAGAAUAAAAAAAUGAAAAGUUCUUCGAAGGAUUAUAAAAAUUAUCAACCAUUAAAUUUACGAGUAUAUAAAAAUUUUUAUGACAAAAAGGAAGAGUUUCUAAAAAAUUGUGUUGACAAAAAUAAUGUUAAAUUUUUUAAAAACUUCCCUAAGCUUUAUUCGAAUAUAGUUCAUAAGGAAAACAAUGAGAUUGAGAAUGAUGAUGUUUUUUUUUAUUAUGAUGGUUUAAUCAAAAUAUUAUGUAUAGAAGAAUCACUCAUAUAA